GAGAAAGGAGAGAAUAAACUUUUUUAAGUAUUUGUCAUCGGAGAGGGGGGGGGGGGUCCACACAGUCAGCAGCAAGAGGGGACGGAAAAGGACUUAAGUAGUGGAGUCAAAAUACUUUAGCUUGAUUUAUCUGCCUUCAGUUCACUGUUCACCUACUGCGACUGAGAGGAGAAGGCAGAGAGAAAGGAGGAGGAGAAAGAUAAGUGUCAAUCUGUUCAGACUUGUUUGGGAAUUUGAGGAAGGAGGGGAGAGAGAGGCAGCAAGAGUGAAAAGCAAGGAGAGCUCAGGCAUAAACAUUACGUUUCGUAACAAGAGUUGAAGUAUUGUUAGAAAAAGAAAAAGGAAGUUUGGAAUUAGUUGGGAAAAGGAGGACAAUUUGCUGUGUCAUGUAGAUUCCAAUGUGAAUGCAGGGAAUACAUUCUUGUGAGUUGCGCAAUCCUAUGCUUAUUUGAACUGGACCCGGGGAAGAUAGGAGAUCUCCUUCUGUUCAGGGUCUCCAAAAUAUGACACUAUGGGGACCAAAAGGCCCAGCUGCACCCUCUUUGACACAUCUAACAUAAACACAUCAGACCACAAGCUCCAGCCCGGUAGGAAAGUCUCCCGUGAUCCGAGUCCCAGACUGGCGAUGACCGCCCGGUCGGAGCGAGAGAGGGAACGAGAAGAGGACUGGAAGAGAGAGAGACAUGCAGAGAAAACGAGGGACAAGCAGAGAUAUAAAGAAUCUGACCAACGAGAGAGAUAUUACGACAGAGACCGAGCUCCUGCGCCCAGGCCGAGAGAGAGGGAGGGAGACAGGAGACAAGCAGAUGACAGGAGAGGACAUGGGAGGCCGCUGUCAAAUUUAGAGUGGGAGUCUAGGAAAGGAGACGAGAGGGGGAUGAAGAAAGGCGACACGUUUCCCAGAAUGAGAAAAAGCAGCCCAGAUAAUGGAAGAAGAAUGACAUCCUCAACAGAGAUGAAUGAAAGAGGGGAGCGAAGGCAGAGAGAGAGGCCUAAAAGAAUGGAUGGAGACGAAUGGGAGAGGGAGAGAGAGAGAGCAUGGCAGAGAGACAGAGACAGAGAAAGAGAUGAGAUUCAUGACAGGGUGAGGGAAGAUGGACGGAGACCUAUUGAAGCGGAGAAGUCCCGGCCAAGGCAAAGAUUUCAGGAGUCUGGUGUUCAGGACAGGAGGAGAGAUGUGGGUGAUACAUGGAGCAGAAGAGAGAGGGAUGAAGGCAGAAAAAGAGAAAAGCCUUGGCCUGAUGUGGGAAACAAGGAAACCAGAAGACCUUCUCCGAAUAGAAGAAGAGAAAGAGACAUUUACCCAGAAAGGAAUGAGAGAGAAAAGGCACAAAAUGAGAAUAAGAGAGACAUAAGGAGUGAAGGAGACAGCGAUGAGAGAGAGCUAAGGAGGGAGAUAGUGAGGGACAGAGAGAGGGAGGAGUUGACAUAUCAAGAAAGCAGGAGUGAGGGGGACAACAAGGGCAGAAAGGAGAGGGGGAAAUACAGGGAAGAGGACGAGCAUAGAUACAGAGACAGAGAGGCGGAUCAAUCGAGGAGAAGGAGAGUGGAGAAAGAGAGGGAGAGGUACAGAGAGGCAGACAGAGGGAAAGAAAGAUGGAGGGAUGACAGAAACAGAGAGUAUGAGCAGAGGAGGAGCAGAGAAACAAAAGACAGACAAGCAGAUCCAAGGAGGGACGAUACGACAGGCAGGAGAAGCCAAGCCCAGAAAGAGACAGCUCCUAGGGUGCCUCCGCGAGCCCAGAGCAGCGGCGAGUUGAGCAGCGACAUGGACAGCAGCGAGGUGAGACAUAGAAGAGGCCGAGACAGCUGUGAUGAGAGGGAACCAGAGAGAGAAAGUGAAAGAGCUGUAGAAGAACAGAGACACUCAGAGAGAAGUCAAAAGGAGCAAACGAGAAGUGAGCGAGGGGAGACGACGGAGCAGAGGAGGAUGUGGUUAGAGCCGCAGAGGGGCAAGAAUAGUAAGGAAGAAUUUGAAGACGGAGAGAGACACUCGAGGGAGAAAGAGAAGAGGAUGGAGUCGCAGGCGGAGUGGGAAAAGGAGGGGAGGAGAGUGAAAGGGGAACCAGAUGAGAAGUACAGUGGAAGACAUGGGGGGAGGAAUGAGUACAGUAGAGACAUAGAGAGGGAGUCAGACGUUGUGAGUGUAGAUGGAGAGGAGGUGGGUGAAGUCUGGAGAGAACUAGAUAAGAGAGGGAAGGAACUUCUGUCCGACAGCGAUGGAGGCAUAGAGGGAAGCCGGUGGAGGGAUGCAGAGGGAGAGAACAUGACAGAUAAAAAGGAGGACAGUGGGAGUGAGGGUGGGAGCAACGAUUGGGCACGCUCUGGCAGUGAAGAAGGAGGAAGUGAGACAGGGUGGAAGCUAGAGAGAAAUAGAACGCUUUCAGGAGAGGACGGAUUUGUGACCGUAGACGAGGAAGAUGAAAGGGAGGAAGAAGAAGAGUACAAAGACUGUCAGGAAUCCUGGGAAAGUGGAGGGUCGUGUGAUGGACACUCACCUGUUGAUUUUAAGGACGUUAACGAGAGGGAAGAAGAGAUGGAUGAUCGAGAGGGGGAGGGGAGGGAAAAGCAGCCAAAGUUUGUCUUCUGUGUGAUUGGGCAAACGUUGCCCCGGUCAAAGGCAAAGGACAUGUCAUCAUCACAAGUUCAUGAGAAAAAGGGAGUGGAAAGAGAUGACACCACACGACAGGAUGACAUGAAUCCGACCCUGAGCAGAAAUGACGACAACCCGAUCGUCAACAGCCAGGGCGCAGAAACAUCUGACAUCAGACACAGACUGUCAUCAGAUCGUCAAACUGCAGAGACUGGAGAAGGAACCAAGAGCAAAGUGGAGAAUCCUUAUGAAGAAAUUGGGACCAUUAAAAGAGACUCACAGACUGAAAGGCUCCUCAUAGAGUGGAGAGAGAAAAACAAAGAAGGGUUGGAAAGAGAGAGCGAGAAUAUUUCGCCAAUGCCAUCUAAUCCCUACGCUGACACUUUCUCUCAAGUGGAUUUCGAGCAAAUUCAACCAAUCUUGGAAGGACUCAACACUGCAGCGAUGAGUCCGGAGGAAGUGGAGGCCAUUCGGAUCCGAAUGAGCGGCGCGUGGAGCAUGUCUGAGGAGCCAAAGCGGCAUUCCCAAGCCCCCCACCUUAAAUGGGCUAAAAGUGUGGUGCGGGAAAUCCUGGGACGCUCGGAGGAACAGACUUUGGAGGAGCCUACUGCAGAGGUGCGAGAGGAAGAGGUUGAAGAGGUGACUGUUGUGAAGUCAGACCGGGAGCACUCAGAGCCCGAGCUGGAGGAGGAAGAGGAGGAGCCGUUGGAGGUGGAAGAAUUGAGAGGUAUGGGGCAGCACCGAGCCGACAUGCAUGCUGACCAGUUCUCGGCUAUGCAUGGUGACACAUCCACAUACACUCACUCUGACACACUGUUAGAAACAGGAAGGAAGGAGGAACACAAAACGGACCAACAGGCUGAAGAAAAGACAGAUAUAGAGAUUGAAAUUAGUGAAGAGGUGGGUGAUGAAGAUAGAAUGCAAGAAUUAAGGGACCGAGCAAAAAGAAAGAAGGAAGUGGAGAUGUAUUUAUCUGUGAGCAACACGCUGUACAAGCCGAACAGCUGCCCCAUUCUAAACUAUGACACGGAGUCUGACCACCUUUCCUGUAGAGAGGAUGAGGAGCAGGAGGUAGCAGAGAGAAUAGAGGGGAGUGAAGAAGAAGAAGAAGAGCAGGGAAUAGUGCCAGACGAGAAGGGUGCAGCAGUUGAGGAGGAACAGAUUAAGGAGGGAGAGGUUUUAGUAGACGGGGAAAUAAAUGGCGGAACGCUGACCAGCAGCUGCAGUUUCCGAGAUUUGGGUCCUGAGGCUCGAUUACGGAGAAGGGGGAUCCGUAAGACCACUCAAAGAAGAAACGGAGAGCUUGUAGAAGUGGAAGGAGAGGAAGGAGAGGAAGGUGUUGGAAGGGAUCGCAGAACCAGAAUAUUCUCGACAACAGACGAAGACGAUCGGAGUAAAAGCUGGGGAGAAGUUGAGCUGAGGAAUGUUUUGGACACAAUCGACAGGCGGAAAAGGAACUCAAGGUUUUUUAAUGCUGCCCAGCUCUACCAGCAGUACAGUGAAGCCGCUCAGAACUUUGAGAUCCUGCGCCAGGCUCGCUCCUCAGAUGCCAUCUCCAUUUGUGAAGACCUCUCGAGGUCUCCUGCUCCCUCGCCUCCUCCUGCCCACAGACCCCUACCUCCACUACCUACCUUGCCGCACCUCCACUCCGUGUCCCACACAGCCUCCAUCACCAGUAUUAAAAACUUGCCUCUCCCCGAGCCCCCAAAAAGAGAGGGCAGGCCUUCCUCCCCACGUCUGUCCAUCUCUCUCAGCAAGACGGCCACACUGUGGAGGGAGCUGCCGGGCGUUACAAACACCACUGAGCUGGAGGAUCUUACAGAGGACCAGAGACGACUACAGGAGGUGAGAUUUGAAGUAGUGACCUCAGAGGCCUCCUACUGUCGCAGUUUGGACAUCGUUGUUGAACAUUUUGUCAAGUGCAAGCAGCUGGGGGCGCUGUUGUCCACUCAAGACAGGAACUGGCUGUUUUCCAGGCUGGCUGACGUCCGUGCCAUCAGCCACAGUUUUUUAUCAAAACUGGAAGAACAAGUGGAAUCUGACAUCAUGCAGUUUACUGUGUGUGACAUCAUCGCUCGCCACUGUCAGCGCUUCAAAAUGGUUUAUGUGCCCUACCUCACUAACCAGUCCUAUCAGGACGCCACCUACCAAAGACUCAUGAACAAGAAUCAAGGGUUCAAGCGGAUUGUGGAUAAACUAGAGAGGAGUCCUGUGUGUCAGAGGCUUCCCCUUCGAUCCUUCCUCGUCCUGCCCUUCCAAAGAAUCACAAGACUUAAGCUGCUGGUUCAGAAUAUUGUGAAGAGAACAACUCCUGGUACUCCAGAGGCGACUCAGGCCAUCAAAGCUUUGAAACUUCUGGAGAAGUUGAUUCUGGAGAGUAAUGACAGCAUCACUCAGAUGAAGAGCAUCGAGUCCCUGGUUACUCUCAGUACUAAGGUGGACUUUGAGUGUAGGACUCUCCCUCUGAUCAGUCAGUCUCGGAGGCUGGUGCGAGAAGGGCCGGUCACUGAACUGAUGGAUUUCUCUCUAAAAGACACAGAGAGGAAUAUUUACAUGCACCUUUUCAAUGACUACUUGCUACUCUCACUACAAAAAGAAGGGGGGCGAUUCACUGUGAUCGACCAUGCUCCUGUAUCAGAAGUGCGUGCAGAGAACUGUCGUGUUAAACUCCACUCUCUCCAGAAGAACCUGAUCCGGCUGCACAUGUCCAACAAGGCCCUGCUGCUCCGGACUGACGCACAGAGUGAUAAGCUACGCUGGAUAUCGGCUCUUUCCCGGCCACACCAAGAAGUAGAUUUUUCUGCUGCACAAGAUUUUUCACAGAUGCAGUGCAUUCGAGCCUUUGUGGCUCAGCAGCCUGAUGAGUUGUCCUUGGAAAAAGCUGACAUCAUUCUAGUGCACCAACAGAGCAGUGACCAUUGGGUGGAGGGGACCCGCCUGUCUGAUAGGCAUCGUGGAUGGGUGCCAGAGUCCCAUUUGGAUACGAUAAGCAACUCUAGAGUCCGACAACGCAACUUGUCAGAUGCUCUAAAACUGACAACGGCCACAGCUGCUGUUUGACCAUGACACUCAGACUGGGACUAAACAGAGAGCGACCUGAAUGCACCACAAGGAUAAGACUGUUAUUUUUCUGCAAAUGGCUGUAAAAGGGAUGACACACAUCCAGUGCUCCAAAUAGGAAUAUCUGCUGUAGGGUCGCAACACAGCAGAAAUUGAAAUGCUGUGAAAGUGCAAGUGAGUGAUGCAUUGAGUCUCAUUUGUUUCACUCACUGAAACAAUAAAUUGUUCUCGUGCAAUGUUUGGAAUGCUGAGGUCUGCCUAAAGACAGAAAGAAAGAACAUUGUGACUAUUAACUGCAUACUAUGAUACAUCAAUAAACUGGUGUUUUAAAAUAAUAGUUUAACUUACAUUUUAAGCGACUUCUCCUAUUCCCAGAAAGGUUAGUUUGGGAAAUGUGUUAUUAUCUGUGUAUAUUGAACAGGAUUAAAUGUUGGGUGAAUGAUGCAUGUCUAAUGAAGAGUUUUACCAGAUGAGCUAACAGAAGCAAUGCAAAAUGUAAGAUGUACAGAUCUUUCAAGGUAAGGACAUUUCAAUAAUUUCAGCUUGGUGACAAUAAAAUCAUAUUUGAAAAAAAAAAAAAGGCAUUCCA